CAGGCGGCGUGGGGUCGGGUCCGCUGGGCUGUGCUGGCGCUAUGAGUUCCUUCAAGGGGCAGAUGGCCGAGUACCCAACCAUCUCCAUAGACCGCUUCGACAGGGAGAACCUGAAAGCCCGCGCCUACUUCCUGUCCCACUGCCACAAGGAUCACAUGAAAGGAUUAAGAGCCCCUCCCUUGAAAAGAAGGCUGGAGUGCAGCUUGAAGGUUUGCUUAUACUGUUCGCCUGUUACUAAAGAGUUGUUGUUAACUAGCCCGAAGUACAGAUUUUGGGAGAAACGAAUCAUAUCCAUUGAGAUAGAAACUCCUACGCAGAUACCUUUAGUUGAUGAAGCAUCAGGUGAGAAGGAAGAGGUUGUUGUGACUCUCUUACCAGCUGGUCAUUGUCCAGGAUCAGUUAUGUUUUUAUUUCAAGGCAAUAAUGGAACAGUCUUGUACACGGGAGACUUUAGAUUGGCAAAGGGAGAAGCUGCUAGAAUGGAGCUUCUGCACUCUGGGGGCAGAGUAAAAGACAUCCAGAGUGUAUACUUGGAUACUACUUUCUGUGAUCCAAAAUUUUAUCAGAUUCCUAGUCGAGAGGAGUGUCUGAGUGGAAUAGUAGAGCUGGUUCGAGGCUGGAUCACUCGGAGUCCGUACCAUGUCGUGUGGCUGAACUGCAAAGCAGCUUAUGGGUAUGAGUACCUGUUCACCAACCUAAGUGAAGAAUUUGGAGUCCAGAUUCACGUGAACAGACUAGACAUGUUUAGAAACAUGCCGGACAUUCUUCAUCAUCUCACAACAGACCGCAGCACUCAGAUCCAUGCCUGUCGCCAUCCAAAGGCAGAGGAGUAUUUUCAUUGGAAUAAAUUACCUUGUGGAAUUAUUUCCAAAAAUAAAAUUCCACUCCACACAAUCAGCAUUAAACCAUCCACUAUGUGGUUUGGAGAAAGAACCAGAAGAACAAAUGUCAUUGUGAGGACUGGAGAGAGUUCAUACAGAGCUUGUUUUUCUUUUCAUUCUUCCUACAGUGAGAUUAAAGAUUUCUUGAGCUACAUCUGUCCUGUGAACAUAUAUCCAAAUGUCAUUCCAAUAGGCACCACUGUGGAUAAAGUUGUAGAAAUCUUAAAGCCUUUAUGCCGAUCUUCCCAAAGUACGGAGCCAAAGUAUAAACCACUUGGAAAAUUGAAGAGAGCUAGAAAAACUCACCUCGACUCCGAGGAGGAAGAUGACCUCUUUGAUGACCCUGUGCCAUUACCGCUGAGGCACAAGGCUCCAUACCAGCUAACUCUUCACCCUGAGGUAUUUGUAAUGACUGCAGCACAACCCCAGCCUGAACAACAGAGGCAAAGCACCGGCUACCUCAAAGCAGAGGGUAUGCAAACCUCUCCUUGGGCAAACUUUGUAGAUUGUGAAGAAUCUAACAGUGAGAGUGAAGAAGAAUUACAGACUCCAGCUUCGUCUCAAGAAGACCUGGGAGCCGUUACCCACCAGCGGCCACAGGCUGAUGUAGCAGUACCACAGUGGGAAGUAUUCUUUCAAAGAAAUGACGAAAUCACAGACGAGGGUUUGGAAAACCCCUCUUCUUCCACAGAGGCAGGGGGCUCUCAGUCACCGAAGCUUUUUAGUGACUCUGAUGGGGAAUCAACUCACAUCUCUUCCCAGAAUUCUUCUCAGUCAACACACAUAUCUGAGCAAGGGAGUCAAGGCUGGGACAGCCAAUCUGAUACUGUCUUGUUAUCAUCCCAAGAGAGGAAGAGUGGGGAUAUUCCCUCCUUAAACAAAGGUAGCUACAGACCAAGAAUCAAAGAGCAUAUCCCUGCUUCUCAGAUGGAACAAAGUGUACUUUGUCCAAAGGAGACUCACUCUGACUUGAAACACAGAAAUCAAGACGUAAAGAUCAUUCCCAGUGCUGGAGAACCGACUGCUCUAAGCACUGGGAUACACAUACCUCAGGAGAAAAGUUCGCUAAAUCUUAGCACCACUGCAGACUCCCAGAGCUCCUCAGAUUUUGAAAUUCCCUCAACACCAGAAGCGGAGCUACCUAAAGGAGAGCAUUUACAAUAUUUAUAUGAGAAGCUGGCAACAGGUGAGAAUAUAGUCAUUGAAAAAAGAAAAAGCUCACUCUUAGAUACUUAAAAAUUAAAAACCUUGCGUUCUAGAGCAACCACUAAAAACCCUACGCAAAGAGUUAAGAGUCCAAGUGGGAACAAACACAGGAGAGUGGAGUACUGAAAAAUGCUCCUGUAACCUAAAACAGCACAGUGAAGGGGAAGCAGAGAACAAAAAAUAGUGCUAAAAAAGAGAAAAGAUAUGGUAGAACUAAAUCCUAGCACCAAUAAUUACGUUAAGUGAAAAUGGUCAAAACACAAAUGAAAACAACCCUCCCAUAUGCAGUCACUAAGAAACUCACUGCAAAUGAUGCAGGUAGGUUAAAAGUAAGGGAUGGGAAAAGAUAUCUAAAUACCUUAAAGCUGGAAUGGUUAUAUUAAUAGCACACAAAUUUCUACUGAUAAAAGGUCCAGUUCACAAAGAAGACGCAAGGCUAGAAGUGUAUGUGCCUAAAAACAGCUUCAAUGUAUACAAAGAAAAAACCAACAAGAAAGACUAAUGCAGAGUUCGAGCUG